GCACGCCGCGCCAGCGAAGAAUCUACAACAGAACACAUAGCCUCACGGAGGAGAGGAGCUAGGGAUAAAAUCCAUUCUCUCCGACGCAAAGCCAGCGAGGCGGGGAGAGAGAGAGGUCGAGGCGAGCGUCGACCGGUCGUUCGUUGCGAGGACGAAGUGGAAGAGAUCGCCGGAGAAGGGGAAGCGGACGAGAGGAGAUGUUUCUGGUGGAUUGGUUCUACGGGGUGCUGGCGUCGCUGGGGCUGUGGCAGAAGGAGGCCAAGAUCCUCUUCCUCGGCCUGGACAACGCUGGCAAGACCACCCUCCUCCACAUGCUCAAGGACGAGCGGCUGGUGCAGCACCAGCCGACGCAGUACCCGACGUCGGAGGAGCUGAGCAUCGGACAGAUCAAGUUCAAGACCUUCGAUCUCGGUGGCCACCAGAUCGCCCGCCGAGUCUGGAAGGACUACUACGCCAAGGUGGAUGCGGUUGUUUACUUGGUGGACGCCGCUGACAAGGAACGGUUUGCAGAGUCUAAGAAGGAGCUCGACGGCCUUCUUUCAGAUGACUCCCUGGCGAAUGUGCCUUUCCUCGUACUGGGUAACAAGAUUGACAUACCCAUCGCAGCAUCUGAGGAGGAGCUCCGCUACUACCUUGGGCUGAGCAACUUCACCACUGGGAAGGGCAACGUGAACUUGUCGGAUUCAAACGUGCGGCCCCUGGAGGUGUUCAUGUGCAGCAUCGUCCGCAAGAUGGGCUAUGGAGAAGGUUUCAAAUGGAUGUCCCAGUACAUCAAGUGAGGAGCCUUCCUGCUGUCCACAGUGGCAGCAUUCAGGUCCUGGUCCUUUGUCCGUCUCCUCUUCCUUGAUGCUCUGGGGAAAACUGCAGCUGUAAGAAAAGGUUUAUCUUAGUGAUAGGGAAAGCCUGUAAGUUGACGGUAAUCCUAGUUAUAUGGUUGCGUCGAUUUGUUUGAUUGUUCGUGUGUAAGGUGAUUUUACUAGUUACAGUGUGGUUGCUGGGGUCAUUUGUAGACUAUGGGAAGUGUCUCAGCUAUUUUAAUCUGUCAUUUCAGCCGGUGAAA